AUGCCCUUUGACUUACAAUCACUCAUUCGCCCAAAUAUACGUAAUUUGGAGCCCUACAGAUGUGCUAGAGACGACUUCAAGGAAGGAAUUCUUUUGGAUGCAAACGAAAACACCCAUGGCCCUGCCUUAUCUACCAUCUCCAGCUGGGAACUGGCCUUGGAGCUCAAUAGGUACCCUGACCCACACCAGGUGGAGUUGAAGGAGCAGCUAGCAAACUUCCGUAACUCUACUCCUAAUCAGCUUAUCAAAAGCUCGACGCCAAAGCUUCAAUUGGAAAAUAUGUGUCUUGGUGUGGGUUCAGACGAGAGUAUAGAUUUGCUUAUGCGGUGCGUUUGCACUCCUGGCAAGGAUAAGCUUUUGGUGUGUCCGCCUACGUAUGGCAUGUACUCUAUUUGCGCCACGGUGAACGAUCUUGAGAUGGUAUCGGUGCCAUUGACCACGCCAGACUUCCAGAUCGACGUUGAUGCCAUUUUGAAGAAGGUUUCUGAGGAUCCUACUAUCAAACUUAUCUACGUCACCUCUCCAGGAAACCCCACUGCGAAGCUCAUUGACCCUAAGUUGGUGGUGGAGUUGCUAGAGAAAGCUCUUGACAGCUGGAACGGCCUUGUGGUUGUGGACGAGGCGUACAUUGACUUUGUUGAUCCUGUUGCCCCUAACUCCUCCCAGUCUGUGUCAACAUUGGUGAACCAGUUUCCUAAUCUUGUGGUGCUUCAGACUUUAUCCAAAUCGUUUGGUCUAGCAGGCGUAAGGCUAGGUAUCACGUAUGCGUCUUCAGGCUUGUCUCGCUACUUAAACGCCAUGAAGUACCCAUACAAUAUUUCGUCCUUGACGUCAGCGGUGGCUGUGAGAUCUACGCAGGCAGAGGAUGGCUUGAAAGUCAUGCAAAACUAUGUCAAUGAAAUCAAAAGGGAUAGAGCUCAUCUUCUUGAGGCGCUUCAAAAGAUCCCCGGCGUGGGGAAGAACAUUGGAGGUCUAGAUGCAAACUUCUUACUUUUACAAUUCUUGGAUUUGAGUGGCCAGCCUUCCAAUGAGGUUGCCUUGGAGCUCUAUAACCAACUAGCAGUCGAAAACGGAGUGGUUGUAAGGUUCAGAGGAAAAGAGUUGAACUGUAAGGGCGCAUUGAGAUUGUCCAUUGGUACCGAGGAAGAAAACAAGAUUUUGAUUGAGAAGAUCGGUAAAAUUCUUCCACUGGUGAGAAAGUAA